AUGACUGGUCUACUCACUUCACCGCUUUCUUCUAAUACGAAUGCUGCAAAACGUUUUCAACUUAGCCAGGUCACCGAUUCGCAACUCUCGACAAGCCCUGUGUGUCGGAUCUGUUUUGCGCAAAAUGACGACGUCAACACGAAGCUGAUUCGGCCGUGCAACUGCAAGGGAUCUGUCGCCUACAUUCACAACCGAUGUCUACUUCAAUGGGUCACGACAACAAAUAAAAAGGUUUGUGAGAUUUGCACAUACCCCUACGAAAUGAUCACCGAUGGAUUGAAACCGAUGAAAGAAUGGAAGUGGCCACACGCUUUAGAUGAUUCAUGGGAGGACGAGCUUGACUUUCGUUGUUCAAUUGCCUGGUUGAUGUUCAUGUCAAUAAUCUUUUUUUCGGUCGUCAGAAAUGGUCUAUCCGAUCUGCCAAAUGUCAUCGGCUCUGUUAUUGGAAACAGCACAAUCUGGUAUAAAUUGUGGUGGCUAACGUUUUUUCUCAAUGGGCUCUACUAUGGAUCAAUUGUGCUUUUGGUGUACGAUCAAUGGAUGUUCGAAAAUUCCCGCUUCAAAUUCAAAAAUCGCGAUGAGGCUGAUGUUUUAACUGCCCGAACCACGUCAACGCAUUCGAUCAACGAUGAGAAAAGACUUCACAACCGAUUGGAA